CUAUUUUGGAAACGACUUGCAGAUGUGGGCAAACCUCCGCGUUGCUCACACCGGGGGUUUUGCAGAGCUUGCCUCUGAUUUUUUUUUUUCUUCCCCAUUUCCCACAGCCUGUGUUUGUCUUGCGUCUGCUAGGCUGACAUGCGGUUUACCUCGCUGGUCCUGCUGCCAGGUUUUACACACUCUGCUCCGGUGUAAAACAACUCAAGCCCAAGGAUCCUGAGCCACUCCGGGCUUGGGCGCCAGAACUGUCAGAGAAAAUUUGCUUCCCGAGUAUUCCCACCAACUUCCCUUCCUGCGCCCACGGGAGCCAGAGCGCCAGCCCGUCAGCAAGGUCUUCACGUUUCCUGCGGCUGCAAUCUGUAACUUGACUUUGAAUGUGUUUUUUUCUUCUAAUUGUAGUUUUGAGGAUCUUGGUUCUUAGCAAAAGUUUUUGGUUAGGGGGAUUUUAAACUGUUUCCUUACCUAAGUCACGGAGGCUCCGACACUUUCCCUCCAUUCCUGGGUUGGACUGAAGUUAAUGGGCAGCGAAGGAGAGAAACACACUGGCUGUUUAUUUGGGGGAGGGGAAGUGGAGAUUCGCAGCUAAGUUAUGAUCCCUCGCAUCCCCCCACCCCCCGGUUUGACACUCAAGACCGACACGUACAUCAUCUGUUAAUUGCUGUCCGCGGACGCAGAUACAUAUUAUAUACAUUAUUUUAUCUUCGGUGAAAUAGAAAUGGAAUAUUCAGCGCGCUCGCGUCUGUUUGUUUGUCUAAGGCUAUCAAAAGAAGUCACCGAGGAGGCUGUGGCCCGGAUCCUGACCCUGAUUGUAUGAAUAAGUAAGCAGGAUGCAAGUGAUUGGGUUAGAUGCGGCGAAGAUUUUUUUUUUUUUUCAAGUUAGGAAGAGGGUAAAAAGACAGCCUGGGGAGGGGUGGGGGGGAAGGCAAACAUUGCAUCCCCCAAUCCUCAUACUUUGGCUCGUCCUUGCAGUCAGUUGCUUUGCUGGCUUCAGCAGGCUCUUAAGGUCUCGAGGCGUAGACAUGCCUGCCCCCCACCCCCUUCCUCGGUCUCCCCUUUCAGUUCAGAUGUGCUGAUGUGCAGACCGGAUUCAUCUUCCCGGAGCAGCGGCGGCGGGCGCAGGCGGCGGCGGCGGCUCGCGCUCGGCCGCCAGGUCCGGGCAGCGGCGGGGGCGCGGCGCGGGAGCCGGAGCUCCGGCUGCAGCUGAGCCCGUGGGGCGCCGCUCGCCCAGCCGCGGCCGUGGGAAGUCCGGCCGCCAGAAGGACGCCCCGGCAGGCUGCGAGCGCCCACUCCGCCCGAGCCGAGUUGGCCCGAGGCUGCUCCUCCCCGCCCGCGGGAGACGAGCUCCUUACCUGCCCUCCGCCCACCCGCCGGCCCUUCGCCAACUUCUCUCUGCCACUGGGGGUAACAGGCACUUCUGGCCCCCUCUACUGUCCCAACGGCACACGCAUGUCUCCGGACACCUGAGCACCCGGGUCCCGCCGAGGAGCCUCCCCGCGGGGAGAGGAGCGCCAGUCCCCUUGACCCCGCACAUCCACGCGGACCGCGGACGCCUCUCCUCCCGGGCCGGUCCCUCCUUUUCCUCCAGGGGUGGAGGAUGGGGCUGGAAACGCUGCCCCCGAGGAUGCGCUGGUGGCUGGUGGCCGUGGGGAUUAUUUGCUACGGGGAACGGUGGGUCUGCGCUGGCCUCGAUUAUGAUUACACUUUGGAGGGCAACGAAGAGGAGAAAGCGGAGGUGAUCGAUUACAAGGACCCGUGUAAAGCCGCUGUGUUUUGGGGUGAUAUUGCCUUAGAUGAUGAAGACUUAAAUAUCUUUCAAAUUGAUAGAACAAUUGACCUUACCCAGAACCCCUUUGGAAAACUUGGACAUACCACAGGUGGAUAUGGAGACCAUGGUAUGUCAAAGAAACGAGGGGCCCUCUACCAACUUAUAGACAGGAUAAGAAGAAUUGGCUCUGGCUUGGAACAAAACAGCACAGUUAAGGGAAAAGUACCUCUAAAAUUCUCAGGGCAAAAUGAGAAAAAUCGAGUUCCGAGAGCUGCUACAUCAAGAACAGACAGAAUAUGGCCCGGAGGUGUUAUUCCUUACAUUAUAGGAGGCAACUUCACUGGCAGCCAGCGAGCCAUGUUCAAGCAGGCCAUGAGGCACUGGGAGAAGCACACAUGCGUGACCUUCAUUGAGAGAAGUGAUGAAGAGAGUUACAUUGUAUUCACAUACAGGCCUUGUGGAUGCUGCUCUUAUGUAGGUCGGCGGGGUAAUGGACCUCAGGCAAUCUCCAUUGGCAAGAACUGUGAUAAAUUUGGAAUUGUUGUUCAUGAACUGGGCCAUGUGAUAGGCUUUUGGCAUGAACACACGCGACCAGAUCGAGAUAACCAUGUAACCAUCAUAAGAGAAAACAUCCAGCCAGGUCAAGAGUACAACUUUCUGAAGAUGGAGCCUGGAGAAGUGAACUCCCUGGGAGAAAGAUAUGAUUUUGACAGUAUCAUGCACUAUGCCAGGAACACCUUCUCAAGGGGGAUGUUUCUGGACACUAUUCUCCCUUCUCGUGAUGAUAAUGGCAUACGUCCCGCAAUCGGUCAGCGGACCCGUUUAAGCAAAGGAGAUAUUGCACAGGCAAGAAAGCUGUAUAGAUGUCCAGCAUGUGGAGAAACCCUACAAGAGUCCAACGGCAACCUUUCCUCUCCAGGCUUUCCCAACGGCUACCCUUCUUACACACACUGCAUCUGGAGAGUUUCUGUGACCCCAGGGGAGAAGAUCGUUUUAAAUUUUACCACGAUGGACUUAUACAAAAGUAGUUUGUGCUGGUAUGACUACAUUGAAGUAAGAGAUGGGUACUGGAGGAAAUCGGCUCUCCUUGGCAGAUUCUGUGGGGACAAAUUGCCUGAAGUUCUUACCUCUACAGACAGCAGAAUGUGGAUUGAGUUUCGGAGCAGCAGCAAUUGGGUAGGAAAAGGCUUCGCAGCUCUCUAUGAAGCAAUCUGUGGAGGUGAGAUCCGUAAAAAUGAAGGACAGAUUCAGUCUCCUAAUUAUCCCGAUGAUUACAGACCGAUGAAAGAAUGUGUGUGGAAAAUAAUGGUGUCAGAAGGCUGCUAUGUCGGGCUGACCUUUCAGGCCUUUGAGAUUGAAAGACAUGACAACUGUGCCUAUGACUACCUAGAAGUUCGAGAUGGGACCAAAGAGAAUAGCCCUUUGAUAGGGCGUUUCUGUGGUUAUGAUAAACCUGAAGAUAUCAGGUCUACCUCCAACACCUUGUGGAUGAAGUUUGUUUCUGAUGGGACUGUGAACAAGGCAGGGUUUGCUGCCAAUUUUUUUAAAGAGGAAGACGAGUGUGCCAAGCCUGACCGUGGAGGCUGUGAGCAGCGAUGUCUGAACACCCUGGGAAGUUACCAGUGUGCGUGUGAGCCUGGCUAUGAGCUGGGGCCUGACAAAAGGAGCUGUGAAGCGGCUUGUGGUGGACUUCUCACCAAACUUAAUGGCACCAUAACCACUCCAGGUUGGCCCAAGGAGUACCCUCCUAAUAAGAACUGUGUGUGGCAAGUGGUUGCGCCAACUCAGUACAGAAUUUCUGUGAAGUUUGAGUUUUUUGAAUUGGAGGGCAAUGAAGUUUGCAAAUACGAUUAUGUGGAGAUUUGGAGUGGCCUUUCCUCUGAUUCUAAAUUGCAUGGCAAAUUUUGUGGUGCUGAAGUACCUGAAGUGAUCACAUCCCAGUUCAACAACAUGAGAAUUGAGUUCAAAUCUGACAACACUGUAUCCAAGAAGGGCUUCAAAGCGCAUUUCUUCUCAGACAAAGAAGCUUUCUGCAAAGAGAAAAUUUUUAUUUUUGAAUCUUGCAAGACCUUGAUACAGGUUGCCACUUCAGUUCCAUCCAACAAAGACGAAUGCUCAAAGGAUAACGGUGGGUGUCAACAUGAAUGUGUCAACACGGUGGGAAGCUACGUGUGUCAGUGCAGGAAUGGAUUUGUGCUGCAUGAAAAUAAACACGACUGCAAGGAAGCUGAAUGUGAACAGAAGAUCCACAGUUCAAGUGGCCUCAUCACCAGUCCCAACUGGCCAGACAAGUACCCAAGCAGGAAGGAAUGCACAUGGGAAAUCAGUGCCACUCCAGGCCAUCGAGUCAAAUUAGCCUUUAGUGAGUUUGAGAUAGAGCAGCAUCAAGAAUGUGCUUACGAUCACUUGGAAGUAUUUGAUGGAGAAACAGAAAAAUCACCAAUUCUUGGACGACUAUGUGGCAACAAGAUCCCAGAGCCCCUAGUGGCUACUGGAAAUAAAAUGUUUGUUCGGUUUGUUUCUGAUGCAUCUGUUCAAAGAAGAGGCUUUCAAGCUACACAUUCUACAGAGUGCGGUGGCCGCCUGAAAGCGGAAUCCAAGCCCAGAGACCUUUACUCACAUGCGCAGUUUGGCGAUAACAACUACCCAGCGCAAGUCGACUGUGAAUGGCUAUUAGUGUCAGAACGGGGCUCGCGACUGGAGUUAUCUUUCCCGAUUUUCGAAGUGGAAGAAGAAGCUGACUGUGGCUAUGACUAUGUUGAGCUCUUUGGUGGCCUCGAUUCAACAGCGAUGGGGCUUGGUCGAUUUUGUGGAUCAGGGCCACCAGAAGAGAUCUAUUCAAAUGGGAAUGCAGUUUUGAUUCAUUUUCACACUGAUGACACAAUCAACAAGAAAGGAUUUCAUAUAAGAUACAAAAGCAUUAGGUAUCAAGAUACCACGCAUACCAAAUAACUAAUACCAAAACCUCCUUCAGAAAAUAAAGGAAUGUGCAUAACAGAGAGAAGACAUCGUUUGUUUUUUUAAAUGAAGAUAUUAGCACAAUGUUUUAUAUAAUAAAACUGAACAGAAGAAAGCUGUAUGACCAGAAUUAUCUCUGCACUGAACGAGAGGUUGGCAGUGAACCUUGGUCAGCUUUGCCAGGGCAUUUGAACUCCAGCUUGACGGUAUGAUUAAAGCUGGUGGAAGGGCAUGACGUGCUUCAAGGAAGACUCCACAAGCUUUUGCUCACGGCUUGACGCAGAUGCCUCACAAGUCAGACAAUUAGGUUCAGGGUCUGUGGGCCUCCAGAGUGUUCUUUUUGACAAUUUUGCAAGAUUGGGGAUAAAUAAAAGGAUCUUGCAGGUCAUAAACUGGAAAACCCUCUCCUUGUUUCUUAGGAUAAUUGCUUUGGCGUUGUAUCUUGGACACAGUGUAAACCAGAUCCUUGUAAAAUGUUGUGAAAUAGGAGUCUUAAGGAGGGUGGUUUGUAAUUUAAAUGUAGGUGUGUCCAAUGUUUGGAAACUGGAAUAUUUCAGCUUCAUUAUUUUCAUUUGCAGGCCAGAUUAACCUCUUUGAAACAUAGAUCAUCUUGAGACCACUUUAUUUUACUGAUAUUUUGACAACUUUGAAAUGUCAAUAGUUUCUAUUAUAGCAAUUAAACUCUAGACAUCAUUUAUUGAAGUGCUGAAAAGUGCCCAGUUGAUCCGUAGACUCCGUUCUUUCAGCGAAAGUGCUGCCUUUUCACACCAAAUCCAAGAAGCCUUGUGCUGGCUUAUGAACUUAACUGGAAAAAAAAAAAUUCCCAACCGGUGUGAACAGGAUUCUUCUAAAUGAAAUGACUGUCUGGGUGGUUCAUACUCAAGUUACCACUGCUGCUAUUGUCUUUCUUUUGUUGUUGAUCUGUUGUAGUUGUAGUUGUUAUUGUUGAUGUUGUCAUGGUGAAUGUUGUAUUUAAAAAAAUGAAAUGAAGCGGAAGUAGGCCUUGUAAGAAUUGAAAGAUCUCUCUCUCUCUCUCUUUCCUUUUUUUUCCUUCCUGGGAUUCACUUUAAGGAAAAAAAUGCAAUGUUGGAAAAAGGUUUUGUUCUGAAAGACUUUCUAUGGUGCUAUUCCAUGAACAUUUUUUUAAACAAAGUUUUUGACUUUGAGCCAACCACCUGUAGACUAUGAAUGUCUCCCUCUGUCUGGGUGGUGGCAUUUGAAGACGAAAGACUUGUAAAAUGUAUCAAGAGUGUAUCAUCACAAGGGCAGCACUUGUCCUAUGGAACAACUACUUAUAAUGCCUUAGAAUUCUUGCACAUGAUCAACCAUAUCCUCCUAGAAACACAUCUUUUGAAAUAUUGCACGCAAUAGUGUAUGUUAAUUAGCAGCUCUAUGAGGAAAAUCCAUUUCUCUGACGGAACAUUGGGUAUAAAUAUGUUGACCUGCUUUUGUUGUAGAAAAUGAUUUUCUGCUUUAAAGCCAUGUGUGUUUUUAAUAGUAAUGUAUGUAUAUGUGAGCUUGUCUGAGUGAAGCUAAAAGAAGGUGAAAAGUAGUGGGCGGUUUGAAAAGUUAAAAUUUAUGUGCCAAGUUCUACUAGAAUCCUGUUUGAAGUAGCACCUUUCUUAGGCAGUUUCAUGGACAAAUAAUGGGAACUUCUAAUUAUUAUCGACCCAUUAAAAAACGGCUCUUUCCUUCAGAGGAACUCUAUUUUGAUAUGUUUUGAUGUUGAUGGAGAUCACUCUAUAAAGUAGCUUUGUUUCUGUUAGCUGUCCAUGAAUAUUGAACAUUUAAUAAAAUUGGGUAUUUUUCUUCAUUUUUACAAAAUUAAACUAUACACACAGAUAUAGUUUAUUUGUUAUUGUUUCCCUAAAGAAUCUUUUCUUGCAUAUGAAUUAUAAUAUGUAAAUACAUUUUUAAAACCAAUCUUUUCAUCUUAUUGAAUGUUACUUUGGAAAUGUAUAACUAUUGCCUGCAACGUAAUAAGAUUUUAAUGGAGCUGACUUAUUCCAGUAACUUCUAUAUUUUUCACUAAUCUCCAAAUAGCCAAAAUUUAUCAGGAAUGGGAAAGAGAAAAGAAAAAAACACAUGAACACCCAGUGUACGACACUAUGCCCAGCCUGGGACUGGGCACACGUACUAGCUCUUUUUAACCUUGUGCUCCCUUUGACAACUGUGAUGAUGUUCUCAUUUUCUAGUUCAGGACCUGAGGCUCAAAGAACACACAUAAUAUUCCCAGGGUCACAGCGUACAGUCAGAUGUUGAAAGCCAGCUUAUCUCUUCUAAAAAUCUGUGCUUGUCCUACAAAAUGUAGUAAAAUCAAUAUUAACGUAUAUAAAUAGUGGAUUUUUUUAUGAUGAAACUUUUCCACAUUGAGUAAAUUAUAGGGUGAAAUACAUUAAAUCUUCAGGAUAAACCUAUUCCUUUCAGAAACAGCAUGGCAAUUCGAACAUCAACUGUAGAUAGCUUUAAGGACUACAGUUAGUACUAGAAAUAUAAAAAAACAAUAGUUUGAAGUUAGUAACCAUGGGCCUUUUGUUCAAAUAAAUAUUAAAUUAUUUUAUCUGCUGUGGUAGGGAAAUGUAGUGUUCUACUUUAUGAAAUAUUCUGGAUAUUCCAGUUGACAAUUAGGCUACAAUGUGCUGCUUCAACACAACCGAGAAGUUAAAGUUAAAAGGUAUUUAGAAAGCAUAUGGCGAUGUCAUAACUUAGGUCUCGAGUGUGGUCAUUAAUUUUUAUUGUAUCUUAUGUCAUAUUAGUUCACUGCAUACUAAUUUAUAUUAAUUCCACUUUGGCUUAAAUGUGUUGUUAAAUGCAAAUGCAGACAGCUUCAAUGUUUUGUUAAUAAUUGUUAGUUACUGUUCUAGACAUUUUAUUAAAUUAAUUUUGUAAAUUAUUUUCAACCCCUACAUUACUAUAUUGGUUGUUCUAUUUGCCACAGUUCUUACUCCUAUGCAUCGUGUACACAGAAAAAAACUGCUCCCACUUAAUAUGAUUUUAUUAAGUUAUUUUUAAAAGUCAUUAAUCUAGUUUAUUAUCAUGCCUUAAUGUACCUUAAUAAAACAACAUUUUUAAACAAA